CGGUGAUUGAGUUACACUUAUUAUAGUUGUGAAAGUGUUUAUAAACUUCCAAAAACUUAUUAAAGCAGUAAAUAUAUAAAUAUCGAGAUAAUAUGAUAGGCAUACGGUCUCUAAAGUUAACACCGCGAAAGAAUCAUGUGAUAUGCACAUCAGCUUUCUUCCUUCGAUUAGGAUGCGCAAAGUACAUACCCAACUAUCAUGCACAACAUCGUUUUUCACACAUUCCAAAUAAACAGAAUAUUAAUCCCAAACAAACAAUUUUCUACGCAUUUUUAACACUUGGUGGUGUAAUCGGCGGUUUUGCCCUGUACGAACACAAAUAUAAACUAUUUCGAGUAAAAUUGGACGGAAUUCAUAUUGAUGAAAUCUCAAGCACAGAAUCAAAAGAAGAACAACCAGACUGGCAUAUGAAUGCACGAUCUGAUUUGCCAACAUAUAAUAUGGAUGAAGUGCAAGAUCAUUGUAAUAUUGAAAAGCGUAUUUGGGUAACUUAUGGAAUUGGUGUAUAUGACAUAACAGACUUCAUUGCAAAACAUCCAGGUGGUGAUAAUAUUAUGUUGGGAGCGGGCAGUGCAAUUGACCCAUUUUGGGCUAUUUAUCAGCAACAUAAUAACAAAGAAAUUUUAACCCUUUUGGAGUUUUAUCGUAUUGGAAACUUAAGUCCAGACGAUACGAUAAGCACAGAUGAUAUGGGUUCCCCAUGGGCUAAUGAGCCCAAACGUCAUCCAGUGCUUAAACCAGCAUCAACUAGGCCAUUCAACGGAGAGCCGCCAUUAAAGCUUCUCGUACAAAAUUUUAUUACCCCAAAUGCAUUUUUUUAUGUUAGAAAUCAUUUACCAGUUCCUUUUAUUGAUGCCAAUAACUACGAACUUGAAAUUGCUAUUGAAACGACAAAAUCGGGAACGAAGGAACAAGUCAAAACAUUGACUUUGCAAGAUAUCAAAGGUUUGCCAAAAUACACAGUUACUGCAGCCAUAAUGUGCGGUGGUAACCGCCGCUCUGAAAUGACAAAGGUGAAAUCUGUUAAAGGCCUUUCUUGGAACGCAGGUGCAGUGGGUAAUGCAACAUGGUCGGGAGCUCGCCUACGUGACCUUCUUUUGGAAAUGGGGGUCAAACCAAAUGAAAACUUGCAUGUUGUUUUAGAAGGAGCCGACCUCGAUCCUACUUCGCAUCCUUAUGGCGCAUCUAUUCCACUUUCCAAAGCAUUAGAUGAACGUGGUGAUGUCAUACUUGCAUAUGAAAUGAAUGGUAAAACUCUAAGUCGUGACCACGGAUACCCUUUGCGAUGCAUUGUACCCGGAAAUGUAGGUGCGCGUAAUGUCAAAUGGUUAACUCGUAUCGCAGUCUCUGAAGCUGAAUCUAACUCACAUUGGCAGCAGAGUGAUUAUAAAGGAUUCAGUCCAAGUACGGACUGGGAUACAGUUGAUUUUACGAAAUCCCCAGCCAUACAGGCAAUGCCAGUCACGUCUGCAAUAUGUAGCCCCAUGGAAGGCGAAGUACUCAAAAUACCAGCUGACGGAUAUCUAACUGUACACGGAUAUGCAUGGUCAGGUGGAGGUCGCCGCAUUGUACGGGUUGAUUUGACCGCUGAUCGGGGCAAAACUUGGCAUGUUGCACAAAUUCAACAAGAGGAUCAGCCUGAUGGCCGCCAUUACGGUUGGUCUCUAUGGACUGGUCGAAUCAAAAUGGAACCCACAUCUACUGGAGAAGUGGAAAUUUGGGCUAAAGCGGUUGAUUCUGCGUACAAUGUUCAACCAGAAACCUUUGAAAAUAUAUGGAACUUACGUGGUGUACUUGCAAAUGCCUACCAUCGCAUAAAGAUUAAAAUCAUGUAAUUAUAAAUGAAGAAAAAGCGUAUAUAUAAACAAAAUAAAUAUUAAUAAAUUAGCGCAGUAAC